AUGGCGAUAUUUAGUACGAGACUGUUGUGGGUGGCGGCGGCCGUGCUGCUGGUGGCGAGCGACACACACGCCAGGAAUGUCACGCACGAAGAUAUCCGUGAUGCAAUGAUGUCUCUAGUCCACAUGUUCAGAAUCUCAGAAGACAAACUCGAACGACAUGAAUACCGUGAGAAAGCUCUCGGGGAACAACUCAAAAAAAUGAUAGCGGGUCUAGAGAAAAAGCAUAGAAACCUCGAAUCUCUGAAAGGCACAAUAUCAAGGCUAGAUGAUAGGCUCUACAAUGUGGAAAAUAUAUUUUUACAGAAGGAAGAAAGAGAAAAGGAAACUCAGAAGAAGACAAACGAAGCGUUAGAUGAAAUAAAGAAAUCUUUACAAUCGUUGACAGCUUUAGUGAUAGAAAAUACAAAGAGCAGUGUUACAACAGAAAUAGAUAACAGCUUAACUACCAAUGAAAAUUCAUUGAGUAAGCGCCUGGACACAACUGACGCUAAAUUGAAUGCAGUAAGGCUCGAGAUAGAAGCUUUGAAGAAAAGUUUAAGUAAGGACGCUCUACAAGCCAUGUGUUUGGAAGUGGUUCCUGAUGUAAAUCCGUUCGAGCGGCAUAUUUCGGAGACUGAAAAACUACUUAACAAGUACGAGCUGAAGCUGAACGAGUACAAUGGCACCGCCAGCAAAGUGCAAACCGACUUUGUGCCACUUAGCGAGGUUUCAUUGGCUGACGAGGCGUGGCACAGCAAAAUGACUGAAGUAAUAGAGCGCCAAGAAAAAGAUAUAAGCAAAAUUCAACAGCUGCUCUCUGAUGCAGAGAGUAUGUGGAAGGAUUUGCCGCGCCUUGCUGAUUUACAGCGAAGCACAAACUACACGCUCGAGGGUCUUGCGGAGUUAAAGAGUAACUUGUCAGGAGAGCAGGAAAAAUCUGUUGCUAAGAUAAAUAUGAAACUGCACGAAAUGGGUGACAGAUUGGUGGCCACCAACGAAGACAUUCAGCAGAGCUUGACACAAGGCAACACUAUGAGCGAGCGCGCCUUCACCGACAUACAGCACAGCUACGACACUCUACGCACUGAGUUGCAAGCGUUUUCGAAAAAUGAGCACGUGUUACAACAGACUGCAGAUAAUGUUCUCGCUAAUAAAAAACGCAUCGAAUACGGCGUUCACCAGAUAUCGCUAGAAGUUAGCGAGCUUAUUAGAGCCCAAGGCAAUCUGUUAAACAAGUCUAUUGGUCAAAGAUUCGACAACAUAGAAUCAAGUAUGAUCACGAACCAGACUAACUCAUUCAACAACUUGACCAAUAAGAUAGAGACGCAGAUGUCGCAAGUGUGGCGCCAGAUCGGCAUCAUGUACCAGCAGCUCACCGCCAACCGGGCCUCUCUAGAUAAACUCACAGAACAAACGGUGUUAUACGUUAAUGGAAGUACCGCCACUUUGGACAGCAUGAAAGACAAGGUGGGCACGAUUUCGACACACAUGACGGAGAUGGACGACAAUUUGAACUACCUAUUAGGAAGGUUGUCUCUUGUGACACAGGAGUUUAGCCAGAUCAAGACUGGGCUUGGGGAAGCGCUGGAGAAGGCAAAAACAAGUUUAAGCGCGGUUAAGAAAGAAAUAGAAGAUAGCGGCCCCGGUCCUCACCGUACAGAGGAA